GGGCGAAGCGGCGCGUCGGAUCCUCCCUUCCCGUCCCUUCCAGGCUGGCCGGGCCUUUCCAUCAGCAGUGGCGGCGGCACUGCGGAGCCCGGGCAGGGGUCUCCAGCGUCAGCUCUGGAUUAGCUCCAGUUUCCUCCCCUUCUUGCUUUAUUUUAUUUAACCCUCCCCCCCCCUCCCCGGCCCCGUUUUUGAAAUUUUUACUCCUUCAUUUUAAACACCUCCCUUCCCUGAAUUUUUCAAAGUCUCAAAAUGGUGCAAAAGAAGACAGCCGAGCUUCAAGGCUUCCAUCGAUCUUUCAAGGUCCAGAAUCCGUUUGAUUUGGAGUUCUCCCAGUCAAAUGACCUGGAAUGUGUCUUCAGCUUCGAAUGUCCAACCCGCCCCGACAUGCCCUCCAGCCAACCCAUCGACAUAAGCCAGAAGAAGCAGAAGAAAAAGCGUUGCCGAGCUCUGGACAGAAGCUUUUCAGGGAGGUUCGAAGAUGUUUACCAGCUCCAAGAUGAAAUCCUCGGGGAAGGGGCCCACGCGAAAGUCCAGGCCUGUGUUAACCUUAUCACCAACAAGGAAUAUGCAGUGAAGAUAAUUGAGAAGCGUCUCGGACACAUCCGGAGCAGAGUUUUUCGGGAGGUGGAGAUGCUCUACCAGUGCCAAGGACAUAGGAACAUCUUGGAACUGAUUGAGUUCUUUGAAGAAGAGGACCGAUUCUACCUCGUGUUCGAAAAGAUGAGGGGAGGCUCCAUCUUAACCCACAUCCACCGUCAGCGCCAUUUCAACGAACUGGAAGCCAGCAUGGUGGUGCAUGACAUUUCGAGUGCCCUUAAUUACUUGCACAACAAAGGAAUAGCACAUAGAGAUUUAAAACCAGAAAAUAUUCUCUGCGAGAGUCCCAAUCAGGUUUCCCCCGUUAAAAUCUGCGACUUUGACUUGGGGAGUGGAAUCAAGUUGAACGGUGAUUGUUCCCCCAUCUCUACCCCGGAACUGCUCACCCCGUGUGGUUCGGCGGAAUACAUGGCCCCGGAAGUCGUGGAGGCGUUCAAUGAAGAGGCCUCUAUGUACGAUAAGCGCUGUGACCUGUGGAGUUUGGGGGUCAUCCUCUACAUCAUGUUGAGCGGCUACCCACCCUUCGUGGGGCACUGUGGGACCGACUGUGGCUGGGACCACGGAGAGGCCUGCCCCGCUUGCCAGAAUAUGCUGUUUGAAAGUAUCCAGGAAGGAAAGUACGAAUUCCCCGAUAAAGAUUGGGCUCAUAUCUCUUUCGGAGCCAAAGAUCUCAUUUCGAAGCUCCUCGUGAGAGAUGCAAAGAAGCGCCUAAGCGCGGCCGAAGUCCUCAAGCACCCAUGGGUGCAAGGGUGUGCUCCGGACAACACCCUCCCAACUCCAAUCAUCCUUCAAAGAAACAGCAGUGCCAAAGAGCUGACGUCCUUCGCGGCGGAGGCCAUCGCUGUCAACCGGCAGCUGACUCAGCACGAGGAGGAGGCGGCGUCCGAGGCGCCCCGCCCCAUCCUUAUUAAAGCUACCUCAGGUUCUAUGCAGCUGUCCCCCCCGUCUGAGUCCAAGCUGGCCAAGCGGAGGCAGAAAGCCAGCCUGGCCAAAGCCGAGGCCGGCCAACACCGGGUGGCCCCUUUGGUCUUGGUGGGCGAUCACCUGUGACUCUCUUUCUCUCCCUCUCCUGCUCUUCUUGCUCCUCUCCACCGUGUUGAUAAGCAUUCUGUUCUUCCAUUUUGUUUUCCUUUUAUCGGAUGACGACAGCAACGGGGGCGGGGGGGGAGCUUUUUUGGGGUCGCUAGUGAGCAAGAUCAAAAUUCUCUGACAUUGGCUGGUUUCCAACGUUUUUCUUUGUUUCCUGAUCUUGUUACCACUGGCUUUAUUCUCUCUCUCUCUCUCUUUUUUUUUAACAAAGAUAUUUAACUUCCUCCUGCCCCUUAUGAGACUUUUGUGCUUUCCCAGGGCAAACGUUGACAAUUUAUAGAGUAAAAUUUGCUUUAAAGUACACUUUAAAUCAAUAACCCCCCAAACCAGAUUGCUUAUUCCAUCUCCAAACGAAGGAUAAUUGAAUUAAGUAGCUACUGUGUUUUCCUUUGCUAUUAGAUCACUUUUUAUACUGUGAAAAUGGGAUGGGGGAAAGAAGUGCCCCCUUAAAAUCUCUCAACUUUAAAGGUAGCAUUUUAUUGUUCGGGUGUAUUGUUUCCGUUGUGUAUGUGUGUGUACUUUCAAUGUGGUUCUUCAGAUACCUUUCGUCCUUUUUUUUUAAAAAGAAGCAUACGGAUUCUGAAUCUCAUAUUUCUGUGAAGUUGGGCUGGGCAGGUAAUGGUAUCUUAUUCAUUUCCUGUCCCAGAAGGCAUUGGGGUGGUAUCACGUGGGAGUAGCUCUUAAGAUUCACGAAUCUCGUCGUUUCCCGCCCUUUCCUGCCUGGCCUUCCGCCCUGCCAAUGGGGAACGGUCUUAAGAUUUUCACGGGAAUGCCCUACACAAGAGAGCCAGUGGUUAAAUUUUGAACGGGGACUCCGUCAGGUGGUAGGCAGCGGGGUCCGAGUACGAAUCCAGUCCUUUUGAAACGUUGUGCCUAUUUAAUAGGCAAUCUUAUUUUUGUUGUGGUUGCUGGGUUCAUUGUUCUUGUUACGGGGGCCAAGCUAGGCGUGAUGCUGGCAGAUUUGUUGAAGGGGUGCGAGAGACUGCAAUCACGUUUGCACGGUGGAGGGUGGGGGCAGCGUCUGGUUUUGCAAGAUGAACUUCCUGCUAUCUGUCUCCGUUCUCUAGCUCUUUUCUCCCUAGCCCUGCUCCAAUACAGGAAUCAGGCUUGUGGAGGGGAAUAUUGGGAAGCCAACAGGUGGCCCGGGUCUGUCUCAUCCACAUUUCUUUAUUCCCCACCCCUCAUAACAAAAAAGAGUGAACCCUCGCUUGGUAGGUCUAGUUUGGUCUUGAUGUGAAGGCGAGGCGGAAAGAAGAGAGGCCUUUUGUCUUGAAUGGGUUGACUAAAAUAAGCUACAAGGAAUACCUGUGAGAUGGGUGUGCGCACUGAAAUUUCACUCGGUGUGAGGGAAAGCCCACCACAAAGAGAGCAAGUCCUCUUUUUUGCUUUUUGACAAAAAGCACCCUCAGCCUGGCAAAAGUGUUCAUGCCACUGGGUGGCUAGCUGUCUGCUGAUGGAUUUGCACAUUUUUACAUUUUCUUGUAAAUCAGCGUCAGGGCCGGAGGAGGGCAUUUUUUCGAAGCAGAGAAAAUCAACAGCUGCCUAUUCCACGGCAUUCCCUGUUCAUACAGACUGUUUGCAAAAAAUAAACAUUAGAAUUUUCCCCUCUUGAAUUGAAGAAAAAAACUUGUGAUGUAGGGGAGACCCCCCCCCCCCGGGGAAAUCCAUUCUUUCUCUUAUUCUGCUCCUCCCCGCUUUGAAAAGUGUUUUGUUCUAAAAGUGAUUCUUUUACUUGCCGAAUGUCGUUCCACCAGGACCUUUUGUUUGCCCCCCCCCCUUUAAAUUUAAAAAAAGAAAUAAAUCUUGCUGAAGACCCUGGUUAUUCUGCUCGCAACAGGAGUGGAUUUCUAAGGAAUUGCCAAAGUCCUGUUGGUCCCUGACCCGUGAUCCAGACCCCGUUCCAUAAACUGUCUGUGAAAACAGUGUGGAUUGGUGCUCUCUGUUGGAGAAAACUCGGGACCUCGUCUUGAAGUCGGGUCUGUUUGUUUCCAAACGCAGAGUUGUUACCUGGCGCCUGCUCUCCCACUAAGAUUCUUGCAAUCGUAACAAUUGCAUGGAUUUGAAUAGGAAUUAUCCUCUGCCGCACCUUCUUGAAAUCCUCGAGGUCUCUUCCUUGGGGCCACAGCAUCCUGCAAAAUCCCAACAUUCCUCCAUGAGGUGUAGGAAGUAGCCCGCGCGAGAGCUUUGCGUUUGCACGUGCACUGCGCAUGGGGGUGGCUUUUGCUCUCCGUUUUCAUACUAAGCUAUUAUUCAGGGUCACUGGUAUGUCUGUUGGUAUAUGAGUCUCAGGUCCUGUACUGCACAGUGGGAGGAAAUCAGGGCAUUGGUUGCGAACAACGAUAGAUACGUGGAAGCCAUCUUGUUGGGGAGCAGAAUUGUUACAGGAUGGUCAGUUUUUUCCCCGGGGGGCUGCCACCAACAACCACAUGAAUGCAGUGAUGAAGGGAGGGGAAACUGCGCCCGGGGCGGAACUGCCUGCACGCCCCAACCGCUCUGCCCCAAAGCACCCCCACCCCGCCCCUGACACGUGACUGUAGUGGCGGUGCCCAGGGCGAGCCCUCAGCCACGCCUUCAUGAAUGUGAGGCAAGUAACAGCAGAAUGGGGGGAGGCAGAGUGGGGAGCUUAUUAUAGCCACCGUGGGGCUUUUGGGCUGGUGGUUCGGACUCUAGUAUCUCAUACACAGAUAUAGCGAGCAGGAUGGCCACAGCGUUGUUGUGCACGGUGAGCCAUCAAAUAAUCUACUCCGAAUCAUUCGGCGCUUGCCGAGUGAUUCGGACUUAGCUUUUCGCCACUUAGCUUUUCGCCAUCAGCCAUAAACAUGGGCUA